AUGCACAUCAAGCAAAUCACCAUUUUCAAUUUUCGUUCGUUCUCGCAACAACCGGAGAUCCAUCCUUUCUCUCCUGGAACGAACAGUGUGGUGGGUCGCAAUGGUAGCGGAAAAUCCAAUCUCUUUGAUGCGGUUCAAUUCGUCCUCUUGGCGCCUCGAUUUUACAGUCUGCGGCAGGAAGAACGACAAGCCCUUCUCCACGAAGGAGCGGGCUCUGCGGCGGUGAAUGCGUUUGUGGAAGUGGUGUUUGACAAUUCGGAUCAUCGCUUCAUUCAAGAACCCUCCGAUGAAGUCGUCCUGCGUCGCACCAUUGGACCCAAAAAGGACGAAUUCUUUCUCCAGCGCAAACGCGCCACCAAACAGGAAAUCUCGUCGCUCCUCGAAGGCGCCGGAUUCUCCAAGAGUAAUCCCUACUUUAUGAUCCAGCAAGGCAAAAUUCAAGACAUUUGCACCAUGCGCGACAAUGAGCGAUUGUCAUUGCUCAAACAAGUCGCUGGAACGACCGUCUAUGAUGAAAAGAAACAAGAGUCCCUCACCAAAAUGGAGGAAAAUAUCGCAUCCAUUGACAAAAUCACUAACAUUCUACAAGAAAUUGAACAGCGCUUGACGGAACUACACGGCGAAAAGGACGAAUUGUCGCGCUACCAACAAUUGGAUCGACAGCGACGCGCCAUUGAGUAUACUCUCUAUGACAAGGAACUCCGCAAGGCACGCAAGAGUCUCGAUUCACUCGAAAACGAACGCGUCCAGCAUGCUUCUGCCGUUCGCACGCUCCACGAACAACUCAAGCAGACCCAAGAUGCUAUUCGCAACGUCGAGGCCGUCAUGACCACCAAAUCGAAUGCCCUCAAACGACACCGCAACACACUCAAGGCACUCGAAGCCGACAAGACGGUCGCCGUACAGCAAUACACAUCCCUCAAAUUGGAAUGUGAGGAAUUGCAAGACAGCAUUCAAUCGGCACAAUCCCAACAGGCGUCCAAUCAACAGGAACUCGUCACGGUCCAAGCGGAAAUUGCCAAGGCUCAGGCACAACUCACACAAGAAAUACAGCCCAACUACGAAAAGGCCGCGCAACAAUUGCAGCAAAUGACACACGACAAGAGCCAGAAACGACACCAAAUGGAAGCCCUCAUUGCCAAACAGGGACGGGGAUCCCAUUUCCAAACCAAACAAGAACGCGACGCCUAUCUCGAAGCCAAUAUUCAAGAGUUGCUCGACACCAAGGCCGAAAAGGAAUCGUCACUCCAGACUUGCCGCGAGACGGUGGCCAAUCUGCGUCGUUCCUGCGUGACGGAAACCAAUGCACUCGAGACCCUGAAGCAACAAAUUGCCACCAAGAAGGAACAGCAACAGACAUUUCACAAGACACUCGAUGACAAGAAGCUACAGCGAUUGCAAGCACAAGAAAAGCGACAAGAACAGUGGCGACAGACGGAUCAAUUGCAGGAGCAAAUGCGAGAGACCAAGGAAAAUCAUCAGCGCCGGGUGGCAGAAGCGCAAAAGGUCAUGCCGCGGGCGACGGCGUUGGGAUUGGAAGCUUUGGAACGCAUUGUGCGACAAGAAGGGCUCACGCGCAACCAAUACUUUGGAAUGCUCAUGGAUAACUUUACAUUGACCGACCCAAAGUACCAGACGGCCGUCGAAGUGGCUGCGCAGAACAGUCUCUUUCACGUCAUUGUCGACAAUGACGGCACGGCGGCGCGCCUCAUGAAACGGCUGGAAGAUGGAAAGCUGGGACGCGUCACGUUUUUGCCACUCAAUCGACUGCGGGUCGACCGUGGAAACAACAUUCCGAACAAUGGACAAAUCACGGCGUUGCUGGACUUGUGCGUCACUUUUGAUCCCGCUGUCAAGAGAGCCAUUGAACAUGUCUUUAACCAAAAGAUUAUUGCACGCGACAUUGAUUCGGCAUCCGAGUGGAGUGCCAAGUUGCAAAUGGAUGCCAUUACGUUGGAUGGAGACUUGGCGGGGCGCAAGGGAGCCUUGACGGGGGGAUAUCACGAUGCCAACAAGAGCCGGCUCCGGGCGCAUUACGCCAAGAAGGAAACCACGGAAGCGUUCCGCAAGGCCGAACGGGAAUUCAAUGCCAGCCGGGAGGCGUCUCAGAAAAUUGAUCAACAAUCGGCCAAUGUCAUGCAGGAGAUGGAACGGUUGGAAGCCAAGAACAACGAAAUGCAGCGACAAAUCAAAGAUUUGGAACGAGACGCCGACAAGAAGCGCAAGUGGAUUGAUCGAAGCAAGAAGCAGGAAGAAAAGGCACAGGGCAAGAUUUCGCCGUUGGAACUGGAAGUCUCGGGAUUGGAUGCCGAUAUUGGUCGUCUACAGGAUGAAAUGAAGACGGAGCUCACGUCCACAUUGUCCGACGAAGAGAAGCAGCUCUUGGUGGCUCUCAAGAAGGAGGAAAAGAAGCUCAAGGUGGACGUCGAGAAGCAAACCGACGUGGUUUCUCGGUUUGGUGUCCAGCGCCAGCGAUUGCAGAGUCUUUUGGAAGACAACUUGCUCAUUCGUCAACGGGAACUGCAGGGACUCGCCACGCAAGAAAACGACGAUGAUGAUGACGACGACGAUGGUUUUGCUGAUCGGUCCACCUUUGCCGCCAAGAUUGCCCAACAGAACGAUCAGCUGCAAGAAAAGCGGCGCGAGUUGGAUUCCGCAACCCGUGUCAUGAAUGGCGUGGAAGAGCGCAUCACUGAGGCACGUCAAGUGGUGGACAAUGUCCGCGCUGAAAUGGUGCAAAGCAAGAACGAGCUGGAACGUCUCAAGAGUCACGACGCUGCCAACAAAAAGUCCCUCGAGACAGCGCAAGACGAAGCUGAUCGCAUGUUGAACAAGCGUACCAUGUGCGUCUCCAAGCGCGAAACUUAUGCAACCAAGAUCCAGGAGCUAGGAGCCCUUCCUCCACAGGCAGAGCGUCAAGAAUUCGCCAACAAGUCCAUCUCGGAUCUCAUGAAACAGCUGGAAGGGGUCAACAAAAAGCUCAAGAAGUACUCCCACGUCAACAAGAAAGCUUAUGAUCAGUACGUUAGCUUCAGCGAAAAGCGGGACGAGCUCUUGAAGCGCAAGGAUGAGCUCGACCGAAAUGCUGAAAAGGUGACAGAACUGGUUGAGAGCUUGGAUCGGCAAAAGGACGAGGCCAUCAAUCGGACUUUUCGCGGUGUCAGUGCCCACUUCAAGGACGUCUUCAAAGAACUGGUGCCUCUCGGACAGGGAGAGCUGGUCAUGCGAACCAACCUGGGAGAAGAGGCCGAAGAGAGCGACGGAGAAGAUGGCGACCCUUCCAGCCCGGGCAAGAAGACAGGGUACGAUCCGAAGAAUCCUGAUGUCAGCCUGUACCGCGGUGUGGGCGUCAAGGUCCGUUUCUCUCCUGUCGGCGAGAACUUCAUGAUGUCCCAGCUUUCGGGAGGGCAGAAGGCGCUUGUGGCCCUCGCCCUUAUUUUUUCGAUCCAACGAUGUGAUCCCGCCCCCUUUUACAUCUUUGACGAAUUGGAUCAAGCUCUCGAUUCGGCUUACCGUGCUUCCGUGGCAAAUCUGAUCCAGAAGCAAGCCAACAGUGCCGAAAACCCGACCCAGUUCAUUGUGAGUACUUUCCGUCCAGAGUUGGUGGCAGUAGCAGACCAGUGCUACGGAAUCAGCCACCAAAGCAAAGUGAGCCGAUUCCACCACAUGACCAAGAAGGAUUCUUUGGCUUUCAUUGCGAAUCUGAUGACGGAGGAGGAGAAUGUGGGCGAGGUGACCACGGUGUCGAACGUUCGCACUCGCCGCCCGAGUGAAUCUCGCAAGCGCAAAGCAAGUUCCGAGGCAAAGGGCGACGAAGAUGACGCAGUGGAAGAAGCCUGA